UAUGCGCCGCUUGUCCCAACUGUUUUUCUCUCUCUAGUUUUCUUUAUUCACAGCUUUACAGUCCGCCGAUUUCUUCUUAAACUGCUGCGAUUUUAUUCAUAAAUCUCGGCGAUUUCUGCUUGAUGAUGUUCGUGUGUGGUCUAUACUGUUCUUCAUAUGCGGUUCUGUAGUUUUUGAAAAUCACUGAUUUCUGUGUGCGUAAUAGAGGUUGAAGAUGAUUAUCACUGAUUUGACUAAAAUUGCUGAUAAUCAAGGAUCUGUUUGUGGUGAUUUGUCUCGGGUUAGCAGUUGUGUUAUAGAUGAUGCGAAUGAUGAUAGUGAAGGUGAUAUUUCAUGCUCGAGGAUAUCGCCUGGUGGUAAUAGGUACUAUGUACCUGUUGUUGAUGCGGCUUUCACUCCUUUUGUUAAGCAGAUCUUUGAAAGUUUAGAUAGUUGCCUUAAAUUUUACAAGGAGUAUGGCAGAUAUUGUGGGUUUGAUGUUCGUAAAGGCUGUGAUAAGAGAGAUGAAAAAGGCACUACUAUUUUAAAGCAUUUUGUGUGUAGUAGAGAAGGUUUUAAUGAGUUGUUUCGUAAUAAAGUAGUGAGAGGAAGGAGGACUGUUUCUCGAAGAUGUGGCUGCAAAGCAAGAGUAGUUUUGAAGUUAAUGGAGUGUAAUAGGUAUGCAGUGCAUAAUUUUGUCGAGGAGCAUAAUCAUCCUUUUGUGGAUGAGAGUUGCAGGCAGUUUUUAAGAGUGAAUAGGGAGAUGACUGUUGGCUUGAGAAGUAUUGUUUUUGAUGCUGCAAAGGUUAAUAUCGGUUGCAGCAAAAGUUUUAGUUUGGCAAAGGAAAUGUAUGGUGGUUAUUCAAACGUAGGUGCUACACUACGUGACUUCAGGAAUUUUAAUCGAGAUUUGAAGCAGUAUGUUGGGGAAAAAGAUGGGCAGAUGAUGAUAGAUAAGUUUAAAGUGAUGCAAGAGGCGUCAUCAUCAUUUUAUUAUGCUUAUGAUGUGGAUUCUGCUGGCCACUUGACAAAGCUGUUUUGGGCUGAUCCAGUUGGUCGUAGAUAUUUUGAAAUCUAUGGUGACGCUGUAUCAUUUGAUGCAACGUUUGAUACCAACAAGUACAAUAUGGUUUUUGCACCGUUUACCGGUGUGGACAAACACGAUAGAUGUGUUACAUUUGCAGCAUGCCUUUUAUUACAGGAAAGCGUUAGUGAUUACAGUUGGGCUUUUGAGCAAUUAGUGAAGGCAAUGGGGCGGAAUCCUGUUAUUAUUAUUACUGAUCAGUGCCCCGCCAUGAAAGUUGCUAUCCCUGCAGUGUUCUCCAAUGCAAAUGGUUUGGUUCCUACCAAGCAUCGACUUUGUAUGUGGCACAUUAUGAAUAAAUUCCCUAUUAAGCUUGGUAAUCGUUUGUGUAAAGAGACGGAUUUUAUGGAGAAAUUGAAAAAAUUUAUAUGGUCUUCCUUUUUAGAGAUUGAUGAGUUUGAAAAAGGUUGGGCGGAAGUCAUAAAGGAAUUCAAAUUAGAGGGAAAUAAGUGGUUAUUGGAUAUGUAUGAAAUUAGGAGUUCAUGGAUUCCGGCAUAUUUUAGGGACGAGCCGAUGUUUGGGCUGUUGAGAACGACCUCAAGGUCAGAGAGUGAGAACUUUUUUUUCUCACAGUUUCAUAAGCAAGGAGAUAGUCUAUGUGAGUUUUGGAUUCGUUACCAAAGUGCUAUGGAUAGGCAGAGAAAUGAAACCAAGAGGUUGAAUAAUGAGUCGAAUUCUAGCAUGCCUACAACACUGUCAACAUGGUACAUUGAAGAUGAUGCUGCUAAAUUGUUCACACGCACAAUUUUCUACAAGGUCCAGGAGGAGAUACUUGCAGGGUGUUUAGAUAUGCAAAUCAAACGCAUGAGUGAUGAGGUCGAUGGAGUCACUAAUUUUGAGAUUAGGGAUGUGAAAGUGAAAGAUAAAUUGUUUAAGGUUUCUGUGAGUAGGAGUCACGCAGUUUGCUCUUGUAAGAAAUUUGUUAUGUGCGGGAUUGUUUGCAGGCACUCAUUUUGUGGCUUGAAACAAAUUGGAGUUACCAAGUUCCCUAAAACUCUUGUUCUGAAUCGGUGGAUGAAAAUUGCUGAAUGCGGGAGUUCAUCGGGGUCAAUUUCAGUUGAAAAUGAUUUUUUGAAGAUGGAACAAGUAUCAGUGAAAAUGACAGAUAUUUGUUAUGAUUUUCGUCAAGUUGUUGACAAGGCUGGAUUACAAGCAGAUAGGCUUGAUUAUGUUCAUAAGGUUAUCAAACAGUUGAACGAUGAUCUUGACAGUCAUGGUGUUGGGGUUGAUUUUACAAAGAGGGAUCACAUGGCAGCUAUGGUUGGUGAAGAACCUCAAGGAGAUCUAGCUGUUCUUGCACCAAACGUUUGCAAGAACAAAGGAAAUUAUUUUAAAAGACUUAUAAGUGAAAGAGAAAAAGCUGUGACCAAAUCGAAAAAAAGAGUUCGAAGAUGCAAGGAAUGCAGUGCAGUUACUCAUGAUCUUAGAACUUGUCCGAAUAGGAAUAGAGGUGAAUCAUAAUUAGAUAUUGGUGUUUUUGUUAUAUGUUUUUGCUGUGUUGCAAAAAUUGUGCGAAACAGAGUA